CGACCUUUCAUCUACUCUCCUGAGUGGCCCUAUCGAGCCGCUCACAACCCUCCCUGCACUGAAAGGCCUGUUCUUAUUCAACACCGCUGCCUCAGGCUCUUUUCCUGCGUCCAUCUCACGCCUUUCUCACCUCACCAUGCUGGUGAUCAGCAGGACCAACUUCACAGGCACCCUUCCUGCGUCCCUGGGCCAGAUGCGCAGUCUCUCCCACUUUUACCUGGAUUACACAACAAUGGUGGGGUCCAUUCCAGCAUCCCUGGGUAACCUCACUGGCCUUCAGGAUAUCUCGUUCCAGCCCAUCAGCAACACGGUGGGGCCUAGGUGCGGCAAGGGGGGGGCGUGCGUGGUAAACCAGACUGCAGAGUCCGCCUUCUGCAACUCCUGCCUGGACUUCUGCAUCUCCUGCUCGCCGCCGGGCCUCUGUGCUGGCUGCAAAGUGUCUCCACCCCAGCCACCGCCGCCACCAGCAAGCAGUGGCAACAGCAGCAGUAGCAGCAGCGGCGGCGGCGGCAGCAGCAGCAGCAGCAGCGACAGCGGCGGCGGCUUAUCGAUGGGGGCAACCAUCGGCAUCGUGUGUGGGGUGGCGGUGGUGCUGCUCGCCCUGCUGCUCGCCGUCCUCUUCUUCCUCUACCGGAGGAACAAGGUCUCUCGCUUCGGUGCACUGGCGGCGGGCGUGUGUGUGGAGUUCACAAUGAAGGAGAUGCAGCAGGCCACCAACAACUGGGCGGACGCCAACCUGCUGGGGUCAGGGGGCUUUGGAGACGUGUUCAAGGGCGUGUCUCCUCAAGAUGGCGCCACGCUGUGGGCUGUGAAGCGCGCCAAAGUGAUCACCAACGACUUCCAGCGCGAGGUGCACGAGAUGGCAACAAAGCACCACCCCAACCUGGUGCGCCUACUGGGCUACGCCACGUGUGGGGACCUGCGGGAGCGCAUCGAGCAGAUCCUCGUCUACGAGUUCAUCUCCAACGGGGACCUCGAUAAAUGGCUCAGCGCAGACGCUCCCUCGCCCCUCACGUUGAGGCAGCGGCUGGACAUUAUCGUGGGAGCAGCGCGUGGGUUUGAGUACCUCCACAGCUUUGGCAUCGUGCAUCGUGACAUCAAGCCCGCUAACAUCCUGCUGGAUAGCAACAUGCAGCCCAAGGUGGCUGACUUUGGUCUCGUGCGAGUGGAGGAGGGCACCAGCGCACAAGCCACGCGGGUGAUGGGCACAUCGGGCUAUGUGGACCCCGCUUACGCUCGCACACGCAAGGCCACUCCAGCCACUGAUGUCUACAGUUUUGGUAUUCUCAUGUUGGUGGUGCUCACGGGCAAGCCUGCCACAUAUGAGGACGACAAGAACCACUCCAGGGGCAUCCUCAAAUGGCAUAAUCUGUGCCUCAGUCCUGCACCCUCGCUGUCCCUAUCCCACCUCCACCCACCCCUCCACCUCCCCAACCUCCCCUUCUCCGCCCACUCCCAGCAUCCGCUGCCAAUAACCUUUUUCUACCUCUCACCUCCUUCCACCACUUUCCACCUCGUCUCACUCUCCCCACAACACCCGCAGGUCCAGGAGAAGGUGGGCCAGGGUUCAUUAGAGGAGAUCGCAGACCCGUGCAUGGGCACCGUCUCACCAGACGCCCUGCAGCGCAUCGCAGACCUGGCCAUGCGCUGCACUGCCACCUUCACUGCUGACCGCCCCUCCAUGGGCCGCAUCGCCCAGGAGAUGGAUGCGCUGCGUGGUGAGGUGGGCGGUGGCGAGGAGCAGGUGCACAAGGCGUACGAGGUGGUGGAUGCUGAGUUGAGGGCGAGGAUGCAGCAGCAGCAAAAGAUGAGUGAGCAGAGUAUGGACUCUUUUCUUGAUUCGAUUCACUCGGGGAAGAUCGGGAGCAUGAUGGACACGGGGGAGGUGAUCACGGGUGAUGCCUCCUUGAAUGUGUGA